AUGCCCAGUGGUAACCUCUAUGGAUCGAAUGCGGCCCAGGUUUUCGAAAGCAGUGCCUUCGAUCCAACGGACCGUUUGUAUGGCACACACGAAGGAACAGAAACGCGCGUCGCUUAUAAGAUCCUUGUGGUGAAUGACGGUGUCUAUCACGCUCUUAAAGAUCUGCUGAGGAUACUGGGAAUGUUCUCGGGUCGAGGAAAGAACCCGUAUGUCGAAGACAGUAUCAUGCCAAGCCAGUACGGAUCGUACCCGAAGUUGUCAAAGAUCUCCAGAAAGGUUCGCCGGUCGAUGGCAAAGACUCCUUCGAAAUCGCGCUCCAAGCUUAUCAGCCGCAUAGAUGCUGUUGCUGUCGCGUCGACGUUCUUGGGGAUAGGUGUAUUGACCUGGUCACAUAUCUCAGAAGUCUGGGACCAAUGA